CACGGAGAGGCAACGCGUUCCACUCUCGUCCCAACAAGCACACAUAAAUAACUGAGCUCAGUCUUGGUACAAAGAAAUAUAGCUUUUUUUUUUAAACCGUCGCAAAUGUAAUGGCGCAGCUCUGCAAUGACUUUUUUUCUUGCACACAGUCAGUAACGACAUCAUUAUUAUUAUAUAAGUUGUAAAGGACUUUGGCGAUGCGGUUCAUUCGAAACCAGUACGGAACGUUGUUCUGCGGAAUUAAAUUGACAGCGCCACAACCGUAGAGUCUUCUUGAACGAAAACCCCUUCAGACAACAACGACAUCUCGCGCCACCAACUACGGCGGCGCCCGUGAACACCUGAACAUCGGAAAUAGCGGCGGUCCGUCAAUGCAAAUGUGUGUUUAGUUCUUAUUUGUGGUCCGAGGGUGUAACAAAAAAAAAAGGCCAGUGAAAUCUCUCGAAGUACGAAGCAGAAAGAACGCGGAGACAACUGUGGUGGCAUUUUCACGCGGGAGAAUCAACUGCGAGCGCGUCUGUGGUGACAAACGGAAACCUGGACCGCAGCGGUCUGAGCCAGAGGCUAAGCGCCAGCAGACUAGAUGGCAACGACCGGGCUCUCCUGUAGAGAACAACAUCAAGUCCCAAUCUUCUGCCGGCGAGGUAACGAUGACAGCUUACUUUGGAAUGAACAGCGACCAAUGAACAUUUGUCCACCGGGAAAAUCCGACGGACUGUCAACCGGCGCUUUGUACUGUCACUUACCGAAGAGCAAAGUGAAGGGUGACAUUCGUCAGUGAUGCCGUGGACUCUUGAGAAACGGAGUGGAGUCUCGGCAGGGCAUAUCCACACUCUGCGCACGCAGCGAUGUAAUUGCUAUGAAGACUUAGAUGGGAAGUUUGCACGACAUCCGGCACAGAGCCCAGAUCUAGCCCCUUGGGAAUCUCAUCUUGUUAGGAGCUGUGAAAGAAGCUCUACCUGGAAGCGGGUUUGACGGGAGAAGAGAAUGUGAAAGCAGUGUUUGCAGUCAUGACUUUGGGACCAUCAGGAAGCGUGUGGGCCUCUGGUAGAAAUGUAUUUCAGAAGAGGGUGCAAUCAAAGGUUCAGUUAAAAUUAAUGUAUUUCCUUUAUUAAAACACCAUCUUGUAUAUCGGUACGAGUAAGCAAACAGGAGCUAUGAAAAUCAGCUACGCUCUCAACCACACUUCCUCCAGCCUGGGCUUCACCCUGGGAUACAUUGACACAGUAGCAGCAGCAGCAGCCACUCAAAGCACCAACAUCUCCCACCACCACCACCAUCAGCCCGGGCCAUCGCUGCUCUACCAGACCGCGACCUCCUCGGCGCUGGGCGCCCUCAUCGCCUGCUCCAUCGCGGGCAACGCCUUCGUGCUCGCCGCCAUCUACCUGGAGCGCUCCCUGCAGACCGUGGCCAACUACCUGAUCGGCUCCCUGGCCGUCACGGACCUGCUGGUGUCCGUGCUCGUGCUGCCCGUGGCCGCGCUCUACCAGGUGCUGGGCCGCUGGACCUUGGGCCAGGCCGUGUGCGACGCCUUCAUCGCGCUCGACGUCCUGUGCUGCACCUCCUCCAUCUUGCACCUGUGCGCCAUCGCGCUCGACCGCUACUGGGCCAUCACGGACUCUGUGGACUACAUGAACAAGAGGACGCCCCGCCGAGCGGCGCUCAUGAUCGCCAUCACCUGGGUCGUGGGAUUCUCCAUCUCCAUCCCGCCCAUGUUGGGAUGGAGGCAGGCGGAGGACAGGGCCGACCCGGACGCCUGCAACAUCAGCCAGCACCUGGGCUACACGAUCUACUCCACAUUCGGCGCCUUCUACAUCCCGCUGGUGCUCAUGCUGGUGCUGUACGGGAAGAUCUUCAGCGCGGCCAGGUUCAGAAUUCGGAAGAACGUUGCGUUUAAGUCGGCGUCGCACACGGACAACGGCUCUGCCGAUGGCCCCAUCGCUGUGACGGCUCGCAGCUCCGAGCCAACGACUCUGCUGAUUGUCGCACAGGUGUCGGAAGAACGGACGAGCGACGGGCCAGAGGGUUUGCUUCUGCCCAUUGUCAUCAGGGAUAGGGAGGAGACAGACGGUGAUGGUGGUGGUGGCGGCGGCGGGAGGGUCGGCCAGGAACGGAAACGCAGCCACGAUCAGCAUCAUCAGCACCAUCAUCAGCACCAUCAUCAUCAUCAUGACAGUCACACCCAACAGUGCGGUCAUGAGCACAGAGAUAGUCAGCAGUCUCAUCACGGACAUCAUCGUCACCAUCAUCAGCAUCAUCACCACCAUCGUCACCAUCAACAUCAUCUCCACCGCAGCAGUCAACGACCAGAACAGCAGCAUCUUCAGCAGCAGCAGCAGGAGCAGAAUUCUUCGGACCAGCAGCAACAAAGUCAUGGUCAUCAACAUCAGCAGAAAUCUCAUCACCAGCAUCGUCAACAUAAAUCUCAGAGUAAUCAUUGCCAUGUGCAGCAGCAGCAGCAAGAGCAGAAACAGCAGCAGCUAGAUCAGCAACAUCAUCACCAUCAUCGUCGUCAUCAUCAUCAUCAUCGCCGCCAGCAACAUCAUGAUGAUGAUGAUCAUCAGCAGCCUCAAGAUCAUCAGCAGCAUAAACAUCAGCAGAAGACUGGUGACCGUGAUCAGAAACAGCAUCGUGGUCAUCACAGUUGUCAUCAUCAUCAGCAUCAUGAGCAUGAGCAGCUACAACUGCAAUCUGCAGACAAUCGGCAGCAAUCAGCUGAUCAUCAUCAGCAGCAACAUAAGCAAUCUACAAACAAUAAUGAUGAUGAUGCCGAUCAGCAGUAUCGUCAUCAGCAGCAGCAAUCUACAGAAACUCAACAACAGAAAUCUACAGCGCAUGAGGGGCAGCAACAGAACCCGAAUCAGCAGCAACAGGUGCAUGAAGAGCAACCUGCAGAUCAGCAGCAGCAACAGCAGCAACAGCAGCAACAACGACCUGCAGACGAACCUCACCACCACCAACAACAGCAGCAGCAACAACAGCAACUCGAGAACAACCAACAGCCUCCCGACCACCAGAAAACACUCGGUCCAUCGCAGGACCUCCAAGCCAAGCAGGUGAUGGACCGCGCCCAGAUGCACCGGAUGAGAAGCGCCAUGGCACGAGAGCGCAAGGCGGUGAAGACGCUGGGCAUCAUCAUGGGCUCGUUCGUGCUGUGUUGGCUGCCCUUCUUCGUCGUGGCGCUGGUGGUGCCGUUCUGCGGACCGUUCUGCGAGCUGCCCCCGAUCCUCAUGGCCCUCAUCACGUGGCUCGGCUACUCCAACUCCCUGCUCAACCCCGUCAUCUACGCCUACUUCAAUCGGGACUUCCAGAACGCCUUCAAGAAGAUCGCCAGGUGCCGGUGCUGCAGAGGGAGGUAUUGAGGUGGUCUGGGGUGGCUGUGGCUGCGACCUGUCCCGGUUUGAAUUAGAAUGUGUAUUUUUACUGGGGGAAUCUGAUGAGCUGUAAGGCUUUUUUUCACAGAUGUCCAGUAGUUUCACAGAUGAAUACCUGUCAACCCCUCAUCAGUGCCGACCUUAUUACAGACCAGUUCAUCAAGUCACAGGGUCACUGUGUGUGUAUUGCUACCACUGAUGUGCUAACAUUAGAAUUGCUUUGAACUUUUGAUUUCGCUUUACAAUUCACAAUCGCAUUUAUAAACCAGAAUGUAAAUCACCAAGGUGAAUAAACAUGGAAUGUUUGGCAACAUCCGGGCAUGGCUGGUGGUAAAACAUUCAAGAGAAGGAUUUAAAUUCACAAGGAGGGAUCCUCCGAAACUAUAAUAGUCUCAGCCCCCCCCCCCCCCCUCAAACUUAAUCCGGCCUUGGGAACACAGUGAGUGGUUCUGGGAUCAGAGCUCCGUGCUCUAACCCCUGGGAGUCUGGGUUUGAAUCUGGGUUCGAAUCCGGCCUCUCAGCCACGCGUGAUUAAGCCAGGUUAUCAAGUCCACCAAUGACUGCAGGAAAAAACAAAACUCCAUUGUAUUCAAUUAAAAUCUUUACGAAAUUUCAUGUCUGAGCAUUAAACAAAGUGAAGAUCCCCCGUAUAGCCUUAACAUAAUUUAGGGACAAGUGCUGUUAACGAGCACCUAUGAAGGCCGGCACGGCACACGAAGAGAUGGGUGACCAGCACCACGCCCAGUCACAUUUGUUUUCCCAGUGGCUAUGUUUACACAUUGGACCAGGUACUCAUUUGAGGCCGAGUCGAACUAGGGGAGGCUGGUGUUGGUCGUGAGCCGGAAUCGAACUCGCCGCACUGCCCGCUCCGUGCGCAACUAUUUUGGGGCAUUUGUAGAAUAGUGGUGGAUAAAUAAGACUCUUGACGUGAAUGCAGCAGUAGUUCUGUGACUUGGCAUCAACUUCCAGGGCCGUGAUGGACUUGUGGCUGCCAGACUUCGAGAUGUUAACGUCUUAGCUCACGCAAUCCGUGAUGGCGAUGGCACAAGUGGGGUACAGUGUGAGUAUCGGGGGUUAGGGUGGGGGGGGGGAAACAACGACAUCAAAAUGAGAUGGUCAUUCCAGUGACACGGGGCGAGCCCUGGGAUUUGAAUCUCGGUUGAAGUCACUCAUUACCUGAAGUCUCCUGGAGGUGAUGGUCUUGGCCCAGUCAGCGGCGACUCAAGGCAAAGCACCCUUCUCCAUUGGUGUCCUUAAGCCAGUAUUGGAAAUUCCACGUUACUAUGGUUGAGCCCAGUCUGUCCACAAGACGAGAAUUGUCUAAGACUUCGAAACUAAAAAUACUGCUGACAUUCUAGCUUCUCGAGUGUUGAGAGUUGAUGAUCUCGGUCAGCCUGGUUACGAGUUACUGCACAAAACAAUUCAAAAAUAUGUUUUUCAUACUCUUUGGUUCUUUCGGUAAAAUCACGUAGGUAGAAAUAAAAUACAAUU